UCGUCGGGGUGGUCCGGUCCGUCUGUCCUCCUCCUUCCCAGACCCUGCCCUCUCUUCCUUCAAAUCUCCUAAAUGUCUCAAUUUCUACCCUUCAACGUCCAUUUUACUUCAAAACUACACAAUUUCACCCUCAGCUGAAGCAGGAUUUUGUGUCUCCUCGUCAUCCUCGCCCCUCCUUCCCUUCCACGUUGGGACCGCCAGGUUGAAACGGUUGAUCGAGUCGACGAGCGAAAGCAUGACAGAUAAGCACGGCAUGUCGGCGGGCGGCGGCGGCGACGACGCGGGCGGCAUCAUGGCGCUGCUGGACCGCGUGGCGGGCCUCAUGGACACCGUCCAGGCCACGCAGCAGCGCAUGGAGGAGCGGCAGCUGGAGCUGGAGGGCACGGUGAAGACCAUCCAGGCGGAUAUCGUCAAGCUGACCAGCGAGCAUGCCAACACCAGCUCCACCGUCGACCGGCUGCUGGAGAAGACGCGCAAGGUCAGCCGUCACAUCAAGGAUGUCAGGGUGCGCGUGGAGAACCAGAACGUCAGGGUCAAGAAGGUGGAGGCCACCCAGGGAGACCUCCUCGCCAAGAACAAGUUCAGAGUGGUCAUUUACCAGGGUGACCAGGAAGUGAAGUCCGUCACACCAGGGAACGAGCCAGCAGAGUCUGGCGGCGGCGCCGGAGCCCGGGCCGACGUGGAGCCGGAUAAGUUCGAGCUCCCUCCAGAGUCGGACGAGGAGUACAUGGUGGUGGAGGAGGCGGACUCCUCGGCGGCCGGCCGCAUGAAGAAGUCGGGGCUGACGCGCAUCGAGAGCUUCAAGGCCACCUUCUCCAAGGAGAACAUGACCAAGACCCGCGAGAACCUGGGCUCCAAGGUCAACAAGUUCGGAGAGCGCAUCGUGACGGCCGAGAGACGGGAGAAGAUUCGCCAGUCCGGCGAGAGGCUGAAGCAGUCGGGCGAGCGGCUGAAAGAGACCAUCACCAAGAGCGUCCCGGCCAAGCUCAACCUGAAGAAGGAGAGGACUGUGGCAGAGGGCCAGGAGGGAGCAGAGGGCGGCGCCGAGGGAGGCGUGCCCGUACCGCCACCGAAGGGGCGCAAGAGCAGCCCGCUCGCCGCCAGGGGAGCCGGCGACGAGGGCAAGGCGGAGGAGUCCGAGGUGCCGAUGUACGACAUGAAGCAGCUAUCGUAAGUCAGCAGAGGGAAAUGAGACCGGGGCCGGUUUCUUUGGACUUCUGAGACCUCACAGAGCGAAGGAAGGAAGGAAGAGUCCGGGUUGGAGCUGCCAUGUGGAGCCAAUCUGACUCAGCAUCAAGACGAUAACAACCACCAGAUUCCUAAGAUCCUUUGUAUUUCUAACAGACACGUACGGUCCUGAACACUUACUAUCCGAUCAGCCACAUAUUUAUAUGUGAAGUCUUUUUUUUUUCUCGUUUUGUGUUCAAUAAACACUGACAGAUGAACAGAGUUCAGAAAGUCUCCACCAAGCUUCUCGCCUCAUACUGCUGCUGUUCACACGUUUGCAUGCAUUGAGAUUGAAAUGUCAGACGAAUCGGCUGUGAUGGCUUUAAGGUACGUUUGGUUUCUGUAAAACGCUGGAAAAUAAGAGAAAGGUGAAAUAAUAAAAAGGUUUAUGUCAGAGGAGUCGCUGAAGAUCAGGAGAUUGAAAUGGACUUUGUGUUUGAAGGAAACAGUCUCAGACAAGUGAAGGAUCCAGCAUUGAUCUGUAACCGUCACAGAUAAGAAGAAGGCCCAUGAAUAUCUUCAGUUUGUGUUUUCUACUUGAACGUCAUCAACUCUGUUGAGAAAUCGCCAAAAUACAUGUGAGUCAACCUCAUUAAAGGCCUUUAAAAUGCAAGAAGAGCAUGAAUAUAUUUAUAUCCAGUGUUGGUGCAAGUCACUGAACGUCUGCAACUCACAUCACUUCACUAGUUAAUGCAGACAGAAACCUUCUUCAUGGGAAAACACCUGCUGGGUUCCUUUAAAAGGUUUCCCUCACUUUAUCCUGUCUUAAUAAUGCAUGCAUUGCUGUGAAUGCCGGUCGGUGCCAGCAGGGGGCUAAUGCUACCAGGUAGGGUGGGACAUGUUUUUCGUUGAUGUCAGGACGACUGUAUUAGUUAGGCCUCAAUGAAUUUUUCCUCUGAGUAACAGGAUUUUAGUGAAAUAACAACAUAUUAAAGGAAAGGCUAAAGCUGAUCAGCCAUGUGAAUGUUUAUUGAAAGGUUGCUGUGAUACAUUAGCUGAGCCAUCAGCACUGUGCGGGUCAGCUAACGCUGAGAAGAAGAUGCUCUAAAUGCAACAGACCGCUACCAACUGAAGUCAGAGGUCACGUGAUCCAUGUUCAUGCCGCCAUAUUGGAAGACAAACCAUGAGAGAGAAAGAGGAGGACGUCAUGGAGAUUGUCCUAUAAUUGUAAUUAUGGUUCACUUUUGUGCAGUCGUAAUCUGCUCAAACAGGGCGGAGCAUGAUGACAAGAAAUCCUUCAACUGGAUUCCCUGUUUUAACCAACCAGAAAGACAAAUGAAAAGAGCUCAGAACAAAGAGAUAGAGGGAACGGAUUGUCAAAAGCUCAUGGGAGGCCCUGGCGGUACAUCGGCAGCAACCCGCCGGGCUCCUGUUGUCCUUACUGCUACCCCCACCCCAAGGAGAGUCAAGGUGCAUAUGUAACACGGGCAGCUCUGAGACUUGCACAGUUCACCGGCGGCCGC